UGUCAAAUGAGGACUUAUUUUUGUAAGUUUUCAUCCAUGUGUUUUGUAAAUAAAGAGUAUGCCAAAAGUUUUCGACACUGUUCAGAUUGGAUUUGCUGCAUGCAGAAUAGGAAUGAGAAAGUGUUGGCAAUGGCUGAGCUGUUAUCGCCCCUUAAUUAUUAUAAGGGACCAGUAUGAAGUGUUGUGCUUGGGCCUUAGUGGUGCUGGCAAGACUACAGCUUUAGCAACUUUAGUUGGAGAACCUCUAUCUGAUGUUGAACCAACUACAGGUUUUAAUAUCAAGACCCUUCCUUUGAAAGAUACGAUUGUAGACAUUAAAGAACUUGGAGGUUCUGAUGUAAUACGACCUUUCUGGAAUAAAUAUUUUGAGGGUCAACAUGGCAUUCUGUAUGUAAUCAAUGCUGCAGCGGAAGAAGAGACAUUAAAAGAAGCUGCAAAAAUCUUACAAGAUGUAAUAUCAAACAGUGCACUAAAAGGAGUUCCAUGUGUAAUACUUGCAACACAUCAAGACAUUAAGGGUGCUAGAAGUCAACAAGAAAUUUCUCAACUUUUUCAUGGAACAUUACAUGGGCACCAGUGGCAAGUUCACAUGUGUGGAUACCAAGAUAGAGAUGGUAUUUUAUUGAGUUUAGAAACUUUAAUUGACAUGAUGUCUGGUGUGUCGUGAAAUUUGCUAUAAUUUUAGAAAGAAUUCCCUCAU